AUGAUUUACGAUAUGUUAAAUAGGCUACUUCCAAUAGUUGCCCAACAAGGUGCUAAAGAUUACACCUUGGAUGAAUUAAAUGCCAUGACUGUUUUGCAACGUCUUCAAAUUAGAGACUGGAGUUUAGAAAUUUUCACUUUAGGAUUUAUCAUAGUCUUUUCGCUUAUUUACAAAGCUGGUGAUUUAUAUAACAAAUCCAUUGUGACCAGAUUUCUUUCAGGUAUUUCUGAAGUCAUGACCAAGCAAUUUUUCCAAUAUGGUGUUGGUCAAGACCAAUUGUACAUCAAAGACAAUUCUGAGAAUUAUUCUUCCUAUGCCACCGGUAGAGUUAAUGUUGCAACCGUUAAUAUUAACUUUAGUUUGGUUCCAAGACAAAACAUAUUUCUUUGGAUUUUAGAAACAGGAUUUUCCUUUUUCACAGGUAAUGUUGUUGCCCCAGAAGACAAAGCGGAAAUUAUUAUUACUCCACUGGCCCAAUAUGACAAUUUCAUUUCUGCUAUUGUUUCCAAAUUAGGGAUGAACGAUGCCAGAAAAUUCAAUUACUUUUUAUCCUUGUGUAAAACCACCGAUUCUCCAAACUUACCAGAGAGUUUUGUUUACAUGAGUGAAACUAAUGAAUUUCAAGAAAAAAUCACAACACCUGAAUUGAGAAAUAGUUUGACAUUACAAAGUGCUAAUUAUAUAAAAUACAUUGCUUUGACUGAUCAAGCAGUUGAAAAGCCAGAGUCAUUGAGAGAAUUGAUGCCAAGGAGAAGAAUUGUUAUUAGUGUUAAGGCCAUUACUUCCCAAAACGACUUGAAACAGUUGAGUGCUGUGUUGGAUGCAGUUUUCAAUUUGGUUGAUAAGUUGGCUGAUGGUGCCAUUACUUUCAAACCAGAAGCCCUUAAGAAAGUAGUCAAGACAAGAGAAGCAGAAAUCGAUAAAUUGAAAAAGAUCCAAGAAGAACUCAAAAAGGAAGAAUUAGCUGAAGAACAAUCCAAAUUAAAAAGACAAGAACGUGAUAGAUUAAGAAACAUGUCUAGAGAAGAACAGCUUAAAGCAGAGAAAAAAGCUGCCGAAAGAAGACAAAAGAAAAUGCAAAAGAAACAGAGAAUUAAGAUGUAA